AUGGACGGUGGGCAAAGAAGGAGAAGCCAAAGAGUCCGUAAUAGACAGGAAGAAGCAGCUUCACGAUCAAGUAAGUGAAAGCUACACAUUUGCACUAUUCUUACACAAACCGUGUAUCUUUUGUACAUCCUUCUCCAGCAUGCUGACAACAAACAUUAUUUAUGCACAGUUUUAAUAUUAGCAACCACUUGCUAAUGUUGCUGGAGCAGGUGGACUUAUACCUCUAGAAAUGUUAUCAGGUAUUUCAAUAUGAGCAGCAUUUCACACUGCACAUAACUUCAAAACACUUAGGGGGUCUUGGUUUGGCAGUAACUCAUUAACUAUACUUUUUUGAUUAGGAUCUCGGGGAAGGCAUGCUAAUCCCAGAACAAACCGAUCAAGAACGCCAUCUGGAAGACAAUCAACAAGGAGGGGUGAGAGAAGCCGGAGUCCUCGUGUCCCUGAAAGACGUCCCACCAGAAAUGAUGGACAAAUCCAGGGAAUGCGAAGGGAACGCAGAGGAAGGCAAGAUAAUUCCCCAAGACGGGGAACAGACAGAGCAAGAAGAUGGAAUUUAAGGACUCGCAGGCGCAGAGACAGAUCUGAAAGUGAAGGAGAAGAUAGGCAAAGACCAGGGAGAAGCAGAUCUCCCUUAAAUCGUAAUGAUGUGCCACCUCCUCCUAACGUAUAUAAUGCUGGGGAACUGGAAAUUGUAGGAAACCAGCCGGCUGAGAACAAUGAAGGAAAUCGCCAGCCAGGGCCUGCUCAAGAGCCUUCACAACCUGUUAAUGCCCAAGAUGUGGAUAACAAUGAGCCUCCCCUUGCACAAAAUGAGGACCCUCCCCAACCUAUUCCACAGGGAGCUCAGGGAGAUGAUGAGCAGGAUGAAUGCAGCAUUUGCUUGAGUGCAUUUGAUCCUGCUGAGGAAAUCAUGCUGCUGCACUGUGGUCACAGAUUCCAUAUUGAGUGCAUACAGAUGUGGCUGCAGGAACAUUGCACCUGUCCCAUGUGCAGGGCAGUUGUUAUAAUCUAA